AAUACGGACCACUGUCGACCUAGUUAUGGAUUUGUUGUCUCUCUCCUCCACGCACUGCUCUCACUCCUCACCCUUCCCCGCCUCCUCCAUCUUCGCCGGAAAAUACCACUCCGCCACCAUCACCACCGCCACUCUCGCUCUCAAAUCUCCCAACCCCGAUUCCCAAAACCCCACCACCUCCUCCUCCUCCGGCAAUCUCCGCCGCCCCAAAACCCACAACCACCCUCUCAAACCCUCCACUCCAAACCCUAAAACCCCCACAAACCCUCUCAAAACCCUCGUAAAUCCCACCAGAAUUCCCAAUUCCAGUCGUCAAAGCCUCACCAACAAGCUCUGGUUAAGCAGCAAACUCUCUCCGCCUCCUCCUCCACCGCCACCACCACUGCCACCACCGCCACGUCGAACACUUUCCAAAGAAGAUGAAAUUAGGGAGAAUUCGGGUGCCGAAGAACCCCCAAGAAUUGAAUUCCGCCAAGAAGGGAAAAUCUUUGUGGGGAAUCUUCCACUGUGGAUUAAGAAGCAUGAAUUGGCUGAGUUCUUUAGGCAGUUUGGGCCUAUAAAGGACGUGAUAUUGAUAAAGGGUUACAAUGAGACUGAGAGGAAUAUGGGGUUUGGGUUUGUGAUUUAUGGUGGUCCAAUGGCGGACAAGUUGGCAAUGAAGGCUGUGGAGUUUGAUGGUGUGGAGUUUCAUGGGAGGGUUUUGACUGUGAAGCUGGAUGAUGGGAGGAGAAUGAAGGAAAGGUCGGCGGAGAGGGCAAGGUGGGUGGAAGGGGAAGAUGGAGUGGAGUACAAGUCCAAGUGGCAUGAAGAGAGGGAAGGCUCGCGGAGGGAGUUUCGGAAAGUUUUGGAGACUCAGCCGGAGAAUUGGCAGGCUGUUGUUCGAGCUUUUGAGAGGAUUAAAAAGCCUUCCAGAAAAGAGUUUGGUUUGAUGGUGAACUACUAUGCUAGGAGGGGAGACAUGCAUCAUGCACGUGGGACUUUUGAGAUCAUGCGGGCCAGGGGAAUAGAGCCAACCUCACAUGUCUAUACAAAUCUAAUUCACGCUUAUGCAGUGGGUAGAGACAUGGAAGAAGCAUUAGCUUGUGUGAGGAAAAUGAAAGAUGAGGGCAUCGAAAUGAGUUUAGUGACUUACAGUAUUCUUGUUGGGGGAUUUGCUAAAGUUGGCAAUGUUGAUGCUGCAGAUCAAUGGUUUAAGGAGGCAAAAGAGAAACAUUCAACAUUGAAUGCGAUCAUAUAUGGAAAUAUAAUAUAUGCCCAUUGCCAAACCUAUAACAUGGGUUGCGCUGAAGCUUUGGUGAGGGAGAUGGAAGAAGAAGGUAUUGAUGCUCCUAUUGACAUCUAUCACACCAUGAUGGAUGGUUACACAAUGAUUGGGGAUGAAGAUAAAUGUCGAGUUGUGUUUAGCAGACUUAAGGAAUGUGGGUUUUCUCCUUCAGUAAUCAGUUAUGGAUGUCUUAUUAAUCUUUACACCAAGAUGGGAAAAGUUUCCAAAGCCUUGGAGGUCAGCGAUAUGAUGAAGUUGGCGGGUAUAAAACAUAACAUGAAGACCUACUCCAUGUUGAUCAAUGGAUUUAUAAAACUAAAAGAUUGGGCAAACUCAUUUGCGAUAUUUGAAGACAUAGUGAGAGGUGGCUUAAAGCCAGAUGUUGUGCUCUUCAAUAACAUCAUCAGAGCAUUCUGUGGCAUGGGUAACAUGGAUCGUGCCCUUCGUACUGUGGAUGAAAUGCUAAAAGAGAGGCAAAGACCUACCUCACGAACAUUUAUGCCUAUUAUACAUGGUUUUGCAAGAGCUGGUGAGAUGAGAAGAGCCCUAGAGGUUUUUGAUAUGAUGAGGAGAAGUGGAUGCAUUCCAACUGUGCACACAUUCAACGCUCUGGUUCUAGGCCUAGUUGAAAAGCGUCAGAUGGAAAAGGCUGUUGAAAUAUUAGACGAGAUGUCCCUGGCAGGCAUUUCUCCAGAUGAGCAUACAUAUACGACCAUCAUGCAUGGUUAUGCAUCGCUUGGUGAUACUGGAAAAGCUUUUGAAUAUUUUAGUAAAGUGAAAAAUGAAGGGCUGGAGCUUGAUGUGUAUGUUUACGAGGCAUUGCUGAAGGCAUGUUGUAAGUCUGGCAGGAUGCAAAGUGCUUUAGCAGUGACAAAAGAAAUGAGUUCUCAAAAGAUUCCAAGAAACACCUUUGUCUACAACAUAUUAAUUGAUGGGUGGGCUCGGAGAGGUGAUGUUUGGGAGGCUGCUGACUUGAUGCAACAAAUGAAACGCGAAGGGGUUCAGCCAGACAUCCAUACUUACACGUCUUUCAUAAAUGCUUGUUGCAAAGCUGGAGAUAUGCUGCAGAGAGCUACAAACACGAUUGAAGAAAUGCAAGCUGUCGGAGUGAAGCCAAAUGUCAAAACCUAUACCACGCUCAUACAUGGGUGGGCACGUGCAUCUCUCCCAGAGAAAGCUUUAAGAUGCUUCGAAGACAUGAAGAUGGUGGGGUUGAAGCCGGACAAAGCUGUAUACCAUUGCUUGAUGACAUCGUUGUUGUCAAGGGCUACUAUGGCCGAAGAGUACAUUUACUCAGGAAUUCUGUCUGUGUGUGGUGAGAUGGUGCAAUCUGGAUUGACUGUUGAUAUGGGUACUGCAGUUCACUGGUCCAAGUGCCUAAGCAAGAUUGAGAGGGCAGGUGGAGAGAUCACAGAAUCACUGCAGAAGACCUUCCCUCCUGAUUGGAACUCAUACAAUACUCCUAACUCAAUUUCACAUAAUGAUGAUGGAUUAGGCAUUAGUGGUGACGAUGAUGAUGAUGAUGCUUUAUUGUAUGACACUGAUGGUGAUGGUGAAGAUGAUGAUCAUGAUGGAAAAACAAAUUUUGACCACAGACCAGUGUUUUAAAUCACAAGUUUUGAGCAUUGGAUUGUCUGGUAAAUAGUUCUUUGAGCUGAAACUUUCCUUUUCGUCGAGCCUUUGAUUAUUUCAAAUGUUGCUUUUUCCUUUCCCCCACUUGUAUAAUAUCAGGAAAUUGAUUCUGUUUGUAAGUUGUCCAAUUCAAAUUUGCGUAGGUAUUCAUUUUGCACACUAAUGAGAAUGUAAGGGAGUUCAUCCAUAAAUCAUUUGUCAUCAGUUUUGAUACCUGAUUAUUGGAGAAUUCGGAGAUGUUAUAAACUCACGACUGGAUUGGCCCAA